CAAAAAAAUCUACUAUGAACAGUAUCUGGAAAAGCCAGACUCUAGCCCCUAAUGCUUAAAAUUAUGACUAUGGAUCAAGUAUCUCCCUAGCUGCAGGACACACCAAGCCCAGUGACCAUGCGGCCCGCAGUGUCCAUCACUCUGAUCCUUGUGGCUCUGACAGUCCUGGCAGACUCUGCUCUGGCUCAACCGACAGAGCCAACCCUGUCCGAAAAGUUUGAGAAGUUCCAGAACAGGCUACAGGCCUUUGCUGACAGCAUUGCAGAUAAAACCAAAGCUGCCUUCCAAGAACUGCGUCACAGCAAGUUCAGCGAAAAGACCCGACACUGGUUCUCUGAGCAAUUCCAGAAGAUAAAGGAGAAGUUCAAUGAGAAGUUUUCCAGGGACAAAUCUGACUGAGAGGAGAUUUUUUUCUGCAGAGCUCACAGGAAAUUCCUGGGGUACUGGUCCCCUUGAAGAGAUGAUGCUGGGAGGGGAACCCAGGGUUGG